GGGACCUCUGCUACCACCUAGUGUCAUUUAUCUAUUUGACUGUGAUGUCGUGAUGACCCACAACGAUGACACAAACACAUAAAAUAGAUCAGGAAAUCCUCUUUUUUUGGAGUCCUUAUGAAUAAAACUGUUGCAUGUGGAUCCUGUGGACCUGCUUGACUUGAAACAUUAUCAGUCAAACAUGUUUAGUUAUCAAUGCAUGUGUUAAACCUACUUGACUCUACCUGCUACAGAUUGUAUUUCAUUCAUACUUGUAGUAUAUUACCAUGAUAAAAGAUAUUACAGCUAAUAAUAGUCUUAAAUCCUUCAUUAUUAUUGUAAAUACAACCAUAGGUUUGCAUUUUUACAAGUGUUGUUUCUGCGUUUAUGUCUAUCUUUAUGUUUGCCUCUAUUCGUCCUUCUCCUUUUUUUCUUAUUCUUCUUUACAACAAGGACUGUUUUUUUUUUUUCAUGUAAAUGUAGACCUUGCUCCUCCUUUGGAUCAAUAUAAGCUCUUAUAAAUAAUACGCAUGAUCAAGUGGAGGUUUUUUUCCCCCGACAGUUUAUCGGUUGCUGUUACAGCUACAGUAAGAGGCUUGGCUGCUGUUUAUGUUGUGGAUGUGACUUCCACAGAUAUAAAAAAGUAUUUAUUACAAGUUAAAGCUACUAUAAGGUGUUUUUAAUGUUUAUUAAAUUGACUGGUAUUCAUAUUGAUGUCUUUUUAUUGUAUAUAAAAGUAAACAAGAGCAUUAGAAAUGAGAUUGACUAUAAUCUUUAAAGUGUGAAACCAGUGCAAGAGGGUCAGUAUCUUUAAAAAAUGGCCCUCUUUUUACAAUUUGCACCUAAGAUACUUUGAUAAAUAAAAUGUCAAAAAACAGCAGGAGGAGAUUUUUUGACUUUGAUAAGCUUUGUCCACAGGGGGGCGCCAAAGUUUACACAAAGCAAAAGUUUCUCACUGGAGCUUUAAAAUCUCAUAAUGUUGGAUUCCAGCAAGUGUGGUUGAGGGAGGCAGCUGUCCACCACUAAUGCUGGUUGUGCUUGAGGUUUCUGUUAUUAUUAUGCACUUUUUCUUCUCACUGUCUUCCUCAUUAGUGGAUCGACACUCGGUAGCUCUGGAUAACACUACCAAGAGUGUUGUCUGGGAUGAUCUCUCGUUGGGAUUUGGUGCCAAAUGAUUGAACAAAUGGACACAGUCACAAAUCUGAAUUCUGUUUUUCAGGUUUAAUCUUGCUCUAGGUACAAAGCAGUCUAAGUAGCUCCAGUGUUGCACCAUUAGCUUAUCAUUUCUCUAUUUUAUACACCAUUGCAUCAUUCCCCUUCACUCUCCGGCUUUCAUAGGGUCACACCAUGGCUGUGUAUUUCUCGGACCUCUAAUGAGCGUUCAUGUGCUUUCUCUUCCAACUGUCAUGACAACAGAUCAUCUAUCUUUACCAGGUUUCUCUCCUCGCCUCCUAUCAAGUUACAAGGGUCAGUACAGAACAGCUUAAUGAGGAAAUGCUUUGUCUUGGGUUACGCUCAACGCCACUGGUUUAAGGGCGAUUACCUGUAGCUAACCUUGUUCCCGACCUAUUUGCCGCUUGAAUUGGCCGGGUGUCACCAACAUGCGAUUUGUCUGGAUGUCAAAGACGAGGAGGAAAAAAGAGAGACCUGUGAGCAAUAACGCUUAAUGGCACUCUAACAAUGUCACUGCUGAUUUUCCAUGAGGGCGAGAGAUUUAUUUUUCCUCACAAAAGACAUCAGCUUUGAAAAAGAAGUGUAUCUUUAAGGCCACAAAGUGCGUUUCAGACAAGUAGCUUUAUUGUUAUAGACAUCUAGAUGUUUCAUAGACGUUUAAUUUGAUAAACAAACCUUGAUCUAAUGGAGGGAAGUGUUUCUGCUUAAGUGAGGGGAAGACAAAAGGGGCGCACGCCAAAUUAGUCAGAGAAAAAUCACUUGAACUUUAACUUUGUUAUGGAAAAAACUUCUAAACGUGAGUGUUGGGUGGAUGCCUCAGCAGACAAAAGCACAUAUUUAGAGGGAUAUGGUUUCACUUCCUUAUUUGUGAUAAUAAUGAAACAACCUAUGAUUCAUUAUAAGCUGUGGUUUUCUCUCUGAAUUGGUUUUGCUGUGACUGGUACAGUUUUUAUUCAUAACAGUCUGGAGAUGAAAUGAGUAAUUAGACAUUUUAAAUAGUCUAGUAUUUAGAUAACUAUUUUGAGCAUUCACAUUAAAGCAUAAAAGAUGAAUAAACUAGGAUUUUAUCAGACUAUUUGAAGGGUUGUGAAAGAUUUUUAUCGCCUCAAAGUCUGCAUAGUGAAAAAAAAUGUUGUGUAUUUGCAACCUGAAUUUGAUAAAAGUGUUAUAAACUCUUAAAAAUUGAGUUUUAAGCAACACCACCACCCCCUAUGGUUUCCAUUGUGUUAUCUGUGAGCUGUUCACUCGCAGCUAAAAUAUUGCACAUAAAUUAUUUGAGUAAUUAGACAUUUUAAAUAGUCUAGCAUUUAGAUACCUAUUUUAAGCAUUCACAUUAAAGCGUAAAAGAUGAAUAAACUAGGAUUUCUCUGACUAUUUGAAGGGUUAUGAAAAUAUUAGUGCAUUUGCAACCUGAAUUUGAUAAAAGUGUGAUAUACUCUUAAAAAUUGGGUAUAAAGGCACCAUCACCCCCUAUAGUUUCAAUUAAACUCUGAUUUUUUCUGACUAUUUAAAGGGUUGUGAAAGAUUUUUAUCACCUUAAAGGCUGCAUUGUGAUAAAAAUGUUGUGUAUUUGCAACCUUAAUGUGAUAAAAGUGUGAUAUACUCUUAAAAAUUGAGUAUGCAGGCACCACCACCCCCUAUGGUUUCCAUUGUGUUAUCUGUGAGCUCUUCACUCGCAGCUAAAAUAUUGCACAUAAAAUAUCAUUUACUCGCAUUAUUUGUCGAAAUAGCUGAAUAUAGUGUGUUAUUUUUUUAAACAUAAGCAGCAAAAUAAGAAAACAGUGUUGGUAAAUUUAGGUUUUAACCCAGGGGGAAACGACCAAAACCGAAAAGUAGACAAUAAAAUACCAACUCCGACCGGAGAAAGUGGAAGUGUAGUAUCUAUUGGCACGGGGACAAAAAAGCAGCGUGGUAACCGUGUCUUUCCUUAAAGCCGUAUUUUCCUCCCGUGGACGAUUAAAAGCAGACAUAAGGUGAUAUUUUUCGGUUCGAGGCAGCAAAUAAAGUCAUUUCAGGCGUGUAUCUACGGUGUCGUGUUAAGGUCACUCGCUGGCUGCCUGAAUUCCCCUCUUUGUGUUUACACAUCCGGGUUUCCCUGUUUGCAGCCCAUUCCCCAUUUAGAAGCCAUUUUGGACACAGAUCAGUAACAUGCAUGUAAACCCCGACCGACCUCCCGAUGCAGCGGUGCUACUAUCCAACUGAAUAACCUCAAAAAGAGCGCUGAGCUUUCGUCUGCGGCGGUUUCACGGCGUCCCACUCGGUUUCUGGAUCCACUCGGGACGCGAAAUGCCGCACCUUGUAAUGGACUAAGAGUGUAGCAGUCAAUUAAUCGCUCCUAUCUUUUCUUGCAACAUUGUUGCAGCGACGCGGCUAUUGACACGCGCUGUGGUGGUGGUGGUGGAGCUACUGCUGCUGCUGCUGCUGGUGGUGGUGGUGGUGGUGGUUAGGCUGCCGGGGGACCGGAGGCCUGUGGUCGUUUUGAUCCUGGACUGAUGUUUGGACAACCUGAGUUUUAAUGUUCGCGACGGAAAGCGGGGGAAAUCUCUGUCCUGUAUUUCAAACGGAACAUGUCUUUUUCAUGGCUGACUUGUUCACUUCUUCUGGGAACUUUAUGCGCAGGUAAGCGGAGCUAUUGUUGAAUUUUUGUGUUUUUUUUUCUUGCAACAGUUUUGAAGCUUCUCUCUCUCUCGUCCCGUGGAUUUGUGUGUGUUUGAAAUUUCGACCCGCGGAGGAGUUUUACGAUUGUUGGCUGAUGAAACUUUGUUGGCACCGUCGUCGUUUCAAGCUUUGAGGAUUUUAUUCUCCAAACACAUAAUCGCCUUUUCUCCUCCGACCGGACCGAUUUCACCGACACCUGCCACUUUUCUGUCGAUAUAUAAACCCCCCACUAAACCUUGUCUUUUGUGUGGAAAUGUCACAGAAAUAUCCCCCCUUCGUUGAAGAAGAGUGUUGCCUUCACUGUCGCCUUUCUUUAACAGUGGCAGGAAUAGAAGGCAGCAGCUGCAUCAACAUCCUGAAACCUUAUAUUGUCCAUCUCAGGUCGUGUUUGUAGCCUCUGAAAAAAACACACAUUCUAUCCCCCUCUCUCUCUCUUUUUCUCUCUUUUUCUCUCUUUCUUGUCAUGAAUCAAUUUGAUAUGAAGAGACAGCAGCCAGGUCUUUACCCUGAAUUGAGGUUACUGUUACACAUCUCCCGUUUCCACGCAAACUCUCACUCUUGUGAAUUUGCAACCACGUGAAAUUGAGCAUGAGGCUUGUUUUCUCUUUUGUUUGCAACUCAAAUGGGACGUUUUACUCUCACCAGAUACCUCUUACGCCCACUUUUAUGUGCGUUUUUUUUCCUCCAGCUUUUCCCUCGAAGUGUGACAACAUUUCUCUCAAUAAGGCACAGCAUGUCUGUCUGUUGUGUGCCAAGCUAAUGCCUCUAUGGUUUAUAGAUUAGAGUGUAUAGUAAGCUGCUUCUCCAGAAUUCAUGUUGUUGUGGUGUAAGCCUGGGUUAGUGACAGAGGGAGGGGGGUUGGGGAAUGAUCUUGUAGUAAAAGUCCUCUCAGAUCAUGUGACCACAGAUAUCAGAAAUGCCAUCUCGGCUCAAUGGAGCAUUGAGCAUCCCUCUCUCUCUCUUUCUCUCUUUCUAUGUGUGUGUGUGUUGUCCUGACUACCUCUCAUCCCAAAUUACAGAGCACAAUGUUUGCUGCUCCUCGCAUGCAUCCCUAUGUGCCACAUAGUGAAACCCCAUUGUAUGCUCUCUGGACAACUAAAUGCAUGUAUGUGUAAGUGGAUGCGUGCCUGAGUGUGUGUAAUGGGUCGGUGGGGGUAACGCUGGGGGAUGGGCAGCUCUCCUAUAGGCAGGGAUUUAAAGAGACACGCACUAUUUUUGCCUGUGAACAAAGAUGAAUGUCCAAGCUGUGCUGUGAAUGACAUGCACGGCACGUUAUCUGCUCUUUUUUUCUCAUCAAACACAUCAUAUAUGUGCGGCCGAAGAGUGUGUCAAACGCCGAAUCCGUAGAGAUAAAAACCUUUUCAGUAGGAGAGUGACAGCUAUUGUUGCACAUCAGCUUGGUUAUAAGGGGACUAGUUCCUGCUAAAUGACAGCAAAAGCCCUCAAAGAAGAAGGUCUUAUCUGUCUUUCCAGAUGUGUCACACUUUCAGCAGGAUACAAGAGUCUUUAUCUAAAGAAGUGGCAUCCCGGUGUGUGGUGUGGGCAUACUAUUGUUUCUCUAUAGUUAAUUAAAUUCUGUCAUUUUUUCGCCCCUUCUUUUUACACUCUGAAAAGAUCUCGUUGUGAAUGGGAUUAUGCUGAACUACUAUUCAGCAACAAUUUCUUAGCCCAGAGGAGCUCCCUUUUUUUUUACUACAGAGGGCUCCCAAACUUGGCCGUGCGCCAGAGAGAUGAUAGAGGCUCUGCUCAGAGAUGUCUCUUCUUCGUGGCACCGAGCGGAUCCUGCGCCAUAUGUCUGCGCUUCCCUCCACCGUUGAGAUUCGAUUCAUUAUGAUGUGAGCUGACUGAGGCCUUCUGUCCAUGUUUAGGGUACAGCCUGGGCGAAGCGGAGACCCGGGAGUGUGUGUACUACAAUGAUAACUGGCGUACGGAGAGGACCAACCAGAGCGGCUUCGAGCGCUGCGAGGGGGAGAAGGACAAGCGACUGCACUGUUAUGCCUCCUGGCUCAACUCCUCAGGGACCAUCAAGCUGGUGAAGAAAGGCUGCUGGCUGGACGACUUCAACUGCUAUGACAGGUCGGGGUCAGCGAGCGAGGUCACCGCCGCUGAGCUUUAACAUUUAUAUUUCAGGUGUCUGGUUCAGUACCCAGAGUGAGUGGCAGCGAGUACAGCGGGAAUGUCUGCAUCAGUGCCCACAUCUAGUACAGUACAUCUUUAUGUGUGUGACCUGAGGCAGUAUCAGGAGCAGGAAUAACAACCCAGAGAAAACCACUUUAAACUCAUAUAUCAGUCGACAGGAAACCAGAAAAAAACAACAUUAUUGAUCAUCUGUCGCUUGAAUUGACAUGACAGUAAUGUGCAGGAGUCAGCCCAUCGAAUAUGAGCGAUUUCUGAGACUUAAGAAGCAGUAAAUUGAUUAAUUUGGCAUAAAUUAAACAUCUGAUGUUGUUGAAGAAAGCACCAGACUUAUGAGCAAUGUCAAGAUGCUUUACACGGUCAAAACAAAACAAUAACAAUAACAGAUUUAAACAUCCAUGAAACAGACUGAAUUUCAUAUUAGAGCUGGGCAGUAAACCAAAAAUUUCCAGAUACCGAAAUUUACGCCAAUAACCGACGUCAUUUUGCCCAUAAUGGUAUAUUUGGUGUCAAAGAAAUGAAUAAAUGAAAGUUGGUUUUGGAUGUGUGUAGGUAGGCUAUGGUCUCAUGUCCCUGUAAGACCCUGUCCCACAAAACGAAGCGGACCAUCAAAACAAAACACUGAAUUUGAAGACAACCUAAAGUUUCUAUUCAGCUGUUUUUGAAGGUGGACUCAGAGCGUCUCACAAUCUCAAAUUAAUACCUUCAUAAUAACCUGCUCGAACCUUUUAUCACCAGAUACCUGAGUCAAGACUUUAGAGAGUUCGUUGUCAAAGUUGUAAACAUAAACAGCGUGGGUUAAAAUGGACAUCUGAUCACUGAGUUUUGGCAUCUUAGAGCUACAGUAAGGAGUUUUUGAUAGGCCCUAUUUCAUAUUGAUGCCUUUCUAUGAUAUCUAAAUGUUGAAGACUUACUGCCUGACACUUGUGCAACAGGGUAGGUGUCAGUGUUCGGCUUUAGAAAUACUCCUCUGUUUAUAAUUAUCAGACUAAAUGAUGUGUUUUGUGGUCAAAAGUUGAUAAAGGAUGAGAUUUUUUUGUCAAGAGACACUUAACCAUGUUUAGAACAAGAUAGGAGGAGACAGCUUUGUCUGCAAAGUUGCUCACAGGAGCUUUAAGAUGACUUUAUUUUUUCUAGAUUGGUGCUUUAAAUUAUUAAGUUUCCACAUUACCAGCUCGGUGACAGAGGUAGCUAGUUUAGUCAUCUUGCGCCAAAUUUACAAACUGGUGAGAAACUCUCUUUCGGUCGAGACUCUCACUUUCAUGUGUCAUCUCCUCUGACGUGAGCUGUGCUGCUGUAGUCGUGUAAUGAGUUGUCUUUUUCUCCUGCUUCUUCUUCUUCUCCAUCAUCCCUUUGUGUUAUGAUACAUGGCAGCCAGUAUCAUGAGCCACUACUGCUCCAAAUGAUCAAUGAUUUUAGAUCACUACCGUUAGAGUAAAGCUAAUCAGUACAUCUAACAAGAAAUCAUAACAUUCAAAUAUCCUGAAUUUGAAGAUGACUCGUGUCCUUUUUUCAGUGGACAAAGAUUCAUCCCGUUAAUCAAAAUAGGUUUCGUUUACCGGUCCACCUCAGAUGGCAGAUUUUAGUCUCACAAUUUUAGUCUCACAACUUUGAACUUCUCUGCACACCUGCUGCUGUUAAAGUGCUCUGAAGAGUUUUACCAAAUCAGAUCAGAGAUGAAAUAAAACAAGAUCCUGCUCUCUCAUAUUACCGCGCCGACUUUAUAAAAACACUAGUCUCUCUUCUUCUUCUUCUUCAUGGAUGAUUAUCUGUAGAGUUACAGCAAUUACGCCGCGGAAAACCUUCAACUUGCUUUGCAUGAUAACAUUUGUCCCUCUUUUUCUCAGAGCGGUUGAACAUCUUUGAUAAAAAUACUAAUUAACAAAGGGAAGCAGAAAAAAAAAACUUGUUAGGGAAAGUAAAUCUGAAGCUUAUUCUUCUUGUAAAGUCACUCAGACGGCUAAUGGAUCAUUCAAAAAAGUCUUUUGUGAUCACUACAAAGACCCCGCACAGCUUCGCCUCUCUAUCUUCAGGAGUAUCAGGAAAGUUCUCGAUUCAUUAUCUGUCUUUUGAUUUAUUGUUGCUCUCUGUAGAUAACCUGUAUAUAAAACCUUAUUGAGAGUGGAAGACAGUGUUGCGAUGCCAGAUUUCUGCAUCUAUACGACACAGUGUACAGGCUGUAAAUUAUUAAAUAUAAUCUUCAAUACAAACUGUAUGGUCAGCAAAACAAAUUAACUCAGCCCGGGCUAAUAAAAGAAUCCGGCUCACGCUGAGUGCAGAGCUCAGCUAUGAGCCUCAUGUCGGGGAAAAUGAAUCAGCGCCACCAGGAAGUUUUGAUGUUUCAACAAAGACGAGUUUUUUUUUACACCAACCUUUAUCCGCACAGGGGGCUGUGAAGCUUGAUCCAAACUUUCCAGUGUUGCUAAAUAUCUGAUACACGCCGCUGAGUGACUGGAACUUCCACUGACCCCCAGGUUUGGAGGGUUUAAAGAUAAAGAUUGCAAUUACAGCUGACCUGGUGGCACGUUUAAUUUAAUCAUCACGAACCGCAUUAAAGCAAAAGCAGAAUUUCACAAACGCAGUGGAAAGUGGAUGUGCACAAAUUGCAGGUUUGGACACAGGUGCAAAUUUACUUGACAGUUUGAGGGAAAAUAGCCUUCGCCUGAAGUGCUCUCUGCUCCUAAAAGAGGAGAGGAAAAAAAAGUCAUUGUAUUCUGGCUUGUUCAAGAGAGAAAAAGAUGUAGAGCGGAGAAAAGAAUGGCAGUUUUGAGCAAUUUAGAAAGCAGCGGUACAAAGAGUAAUAGCAGCAAUAAAGUAGAAGAAAUCCCACGAUUCCUCUGGAUUUGGAGCAGGGGUUAAAUAUAUGUUAAUGCUACAAAAUGUAAGUGGACAAUGUAUUCUCAAUAAGAGAUUGAACUCACUUUGGCAGAUGAUAAAACAUUAACUCUUCACGAGGGCUGUAAUCAACGAAAGAAAUUCUUGGUCGACUAAAACCCUGAUUUUCAGACUCUGACAGAAAACCCUUCUGCGGUGGGGGACGCUGCGGCUCGGCGGAGUGCAGCUCGGCAGGGUGAAAAUGUACUGAUAUCAGCAGAAGAAGGCAAUUACUGUAUUUUUCGCGCUAUAAGGCGCUCCUAAAAUUCUUUUGGCUUGUCGUAGCACCGCAGCUACCGAGUUAAAUAAAAUUUGACUUAUCUGACUGUUUUGUUUGGCUUAAUGCGCUUUAUAAUCUGGUGCGCCUUAUAAUCCAGUGCGCUUUCUGUAUGAAAAUAGACCAGAAUAGACGCGUUGAUUGAUAAUGCGCCUUAUAAUUAGGUGCGCCUUAUUGUGCAAAAAAUUUUUUUGAUCCAAUUUCAACCGUCUAGAUUCUUUAUAUUUUUGGACGGAAUUUAGACGUUGCUCUUUAACUCAUUAUUCGAUAACUAUUUAUUUCAAAAAGCAACUGUGAGUUGGAUAACUGAUCUCCAAGUACUUAACCAAAACAAUUAUGAUAGCUGUUGAGUAAUAUACAGUUAGACCUCAGUUAGCCGGCUAGUCUAAACUUGGUCUAAAAUUAGACUUCUAAAAAUCCUUCAUUUUUUGACCUGUGGUAGCCUGAAUUUAUGGGUUUUUCUAAGGUAGAUUUAGACGCCUAUUAGACCUCUUUUAGACCAAAAAAUGCUCAGUGGGUGAUUAACGUGGACGCUCUUCAAUCUUCCUCUCUCUAGCCAGUGGGUUGGACGAAUCCAAAAUGGUGAAAACAAGGGGGAUGUUCGGAGACAUGCGGUUACCUGUGAAACAAGGGUGCUCUGAAAACACCCCCAUUAGCACUUGGUACAUUCCUCCUGAUGAAAUUAACUAUGGACUGUAAAUUGAAAAAAUCGAGUCCACCAAUCAUAAUUUUGAUCGACUCACCACAUAUCGACCAAUAAGUCGACCAAUCGACUUAGACUUUACAGCCCUACUCUUCACUUGAACAAAUGCCAGAAAAUUAGCGAGGACAAAUCAAACCUUUCUGUGGAGGUCGUGUGUGCAGCGGAGGAGGAAGACAGAACAACCAAAACAAAAGGCAGACACUCACCUACUUAGUUCUUUGAGUUCAAGUCUAGCUCCUCAAAGCCUGCGCCGCCUUUACUGUACAUCACUCUGAGAAGUGUCUGCUCGUGACAUUUGUUUACCGAGGCAAUAAUGUAGGUGUGUCAUCUUCCAUUUUUAGGCAAGAGUGUGUCUCCAUGGAGGAAAACCCUCAGGUGUUCUUCUGCUGCUGCGAGGGCAACUACUGCAAUGAACGUUUCACCCACCUUCCUGACAUGAUUGGCAGUGGCAACCGAGGUGAGCCGCGAUUGCAUCCCACGUACAGUAAAGCACAAGCACAAAAAUAGGUCUCUGCUUUUUCCCCCUCCGGCUUCUCCGGUUAGAGCGAGCUCAGCUUAGCCUGGCAGCUCCUCGUAUAAAAACAUCAUGCAUGUACGUUAUGAUUAAAAACUGAUGCGAUGGAGUAGAAGGAGAUAUAAAAUACACAAUCACUUUCCUGUUUAAAGCUCUUUAUGGGCUCAUUUAGCAGGGAGGAAGGCUGGGUAAUGUAGUUAAGAUGUUGCCCUUCUCUUUUAAUGUCCAGUCUUACGGUCUGUUAGGGACGCUCUUUUCUCUGCCGGUACUUCACAUGUCAUGAAGCAGAUGUUCUAUAAUUAUUCCGGUUCUCCUCCUCAGUGAAAAUCCGGCCUCCACCCAGAGUGCCGUCCCUGCUCAACGUGCUGGUGUACUCGCUGCUGCCUCUCUGCGUUCUGUCCCUGGCCCUGGUUCUGGCCUUGUGGAUGUACCGCCACCGCAAACCUCCAUACGGCCAUGUGGAUCUGAGCGAGGUGAGAGAGGACGAUCUGUGGAUUUUAAAGCAGUUUAAAUGUUAGAGAAAGGAGGGUUUUUUUUUGUUGAGUUUCUGCACAGAGGCUGAAGUCCACUCAGUUUUUCUCAGUCUACUCUCACGUCCUUCAAAACAUACUCAGCUGAAGAUCAACCUCUUUAACCUGAUGUCUUCUUUAGGAUCCUGGACCAGCUCCUCCAUCCCCCUUAGUGGGUCUGAAACCACUACAGCUGCUGGAAAUCAAAGCCAGGGGGCGCUUUGGUUGCGUUUGGAAAGCCCAGCUGAUGAGCGAAUAUGUUGCCGUAAAGGUUUUCCCUGUCCAGGUAGGUCAAAAAAAACAUUUAAGGAAUUUUGGGCUUUAACUUUUGUUCGCUAAAUGCUCAUUUUUAGCUCCACUUUGAGCUUCUAUCGCAUUAAACCCUUUAAGGGGGCGAGAAAUGCCUUCAUGAUGUCGGUACAUAAGCUUCUGAUAAAAAGGACAAGUGUGGAGUAAAGAACCUCGUCCCAUCAAGCCCGGAUAUUCUCCACUGAUAAGUCACGCCGCCCGACAUAUGGCUCCUAACAUCCCUCACAGCCCAAGAUAGACGAGGACAGAUGGGCAGAGGAGCCGGCACAUUACCGGGGUUAUCCAGUUGGCGCCUCCCUUUGUUGAGUUAGGCUCAUGACACCUCGGGGAGGCUGAACAGUUUGCAUCAGUGCCAGCUCUUAUAACAGGCAGCAAAGGGUUGAGGUUAGGAGUUCGGCUCGCUGUCUCUGCAUCAACGACUGUCAACUCUUAAUUUGGGGCAUGUGCUUAAACGACAAGGCCCCGUUUUUGCACAGCGGUACGACAUUUCUCUUUCACCUGCAGUUACUAUGGUUACGAAGUAGUCCGUCAUUCAUUUCCUUGCAACCACCCCAAGCUGUCCUCUUUGCAUAUUUUAAACUUUCUUUUUUUUCGCGCCCCGUGUGUUCGUGCAGGACAAGCAGUCAUGGCAGAACGAGCGGGACAUCUUCCUGACUCCGGGGAUGCGGCACGAAAACCUCCUGCGUUACAUCGCCGCCGAAAAACACGGUACCAACCUGGAGACGGAGCUGUGGCUGAUCACAGAGUUUCAUGAGAGGGUGAGUGACGCGCACACUUCUUCCCCGUAUAUAAACCCAUAUACAAGACAAUCCACAGCGAGGUAUAGGGUGUGUGUGUGUGUGUGUGUUUACCACAAGUGCUGCUCAUUUUCCAAUAUUGGCAGAGGCUUUUUAUUUACUUCAACAAAAAAAAGAGCACCGCAGCUUUUAUUAAAGAGGAUUUUAUUACUUAUGGCACAUCUGCUGCACCCGGCACUAUACCUUAAAGUGACAGGAUUGUGCUGCUCGGAUUAAUCCACUUUUUAAAGCCUGUAAGUGUAUAAAUAAUGCGAGCAAUUACGUCAAAAAACAGCCGCAUGUGUCCCUGAAAUAAUAGUUUGUGAUUAAACACCUCCAGGCUCCCAGAACAUUCUGUUCACUGGCCCUCUUAACAAAAGCUAUUAAUAUAUGGUAACAGGAUUAAAGCGUAAUUACCAGAACCACAAACGCAGCAUCAUAUUAUUGGUGUAAUGACUUUCAAGCUUGUCCUUGCAGCACCUUGUAUCCACGGCAGAGCACAAACAUAUUUAGUUCCACUUAUUGUCUCAGUGCCAUCGGUGCAUGUGUCAUCUGUUUGCUCGAGUGUUUUUCCAUUUGUGUCUGUAUAUUUAAUGAUAUUUUAAGCUGUGUCUCGUGAGUUUAGAGUUUUUUAAUAAUUCUUCCAGACCACAUCAUUAAGCCGGCAAACGGAGUGGAACCAAAAAACAAUCUGUUCCGGGGUUACAGCCGUCUGACGCACAGUCGAUGUUCACGUGUGGUUAUUAAUCCCGUCUCCUGAAUCUCAUCGCGUGUUUUUGUGUGUCUCUCUGCAGGGCUCGCUGACGGACCAUCUAAAGGGUAACACUGUGACCUGGAGCGAGCUGUGUCACAUAGCAGAGACCAUGUCCCGCGGCCUGGCCUACCUCCAUGAGGACAUUCCCAGCUACAAGGGAGAGGGACCCAAACCGACCAUUGCACACAGGUAGGACGCCGGCGGAAAACCUCCAAACACACUCAGUCUGUAACGCUGCGUUCCAGUUGUACUUAGAAGUCGGGAUUUCCGAGCUCCGAGUCAGAAAUUCAUCUUCUGAAAUUCAUUCAGCAACGCCCAGAGCCGUCCCAAGCCUCAAUGGGGCCCUAAUAAUAUUGAUCGUUAAUCAUUCACACACCUUCACAGAUCUCUGUCAUGCAAACAUACCUUUAUCUUGGCGUUUUUUUCUCUUCCUCCUCUUUCUUUUCUCUGCUCCUGAAGGACAUGUCCUUUUUUGCAACAUUUUUAAUUACCUGCGCUUUGGAUGCUCAGUGCACAUUGCACAGCAGAAGGCACAAAACGGUAGGGGAGCUUUGACAUAUCGGCAGUAGGAAUUAUAGGCAUACAUCAGCAGCAGCACUAAAAUGUUUUUACUUUAUUUUAUUUUUACGUUAAUAUAUAUUUGAUCAUACAGAAAGCAUCGCUCAUACAUGCAAAGAAAAACAUUUUAAUUAUUUUUUUUAUUGCUCUUGGGGGCCCCCUAUUGGCCGCGGGGCCCAAAGCAGACGCUUUGUUCGCUUAUGCCUUGGGCCGGCUCUGGCAACGCCCUCCUGAAUUUGGAUUUUCCGACUCGGAAAGUUGGACGAUCCUCACCAACCCUGACUUGACAACAACGUCAUAAUACAAGAUGACAUCAACAGUAAAUAGUAACAGUGCAAGCUCUCGUAAUUUAUUAUUUAUUAGCACUUCUGUUUUGUCUUAGUGAAAUUAAAUUAGUGGGAUAUGUUGUACUGCCCAACGUCUAACUGUGAACACAGUGCUAUGGUGUUCGAAAGAGUAAAAUACUGCUAUGCUUUGUUUACAACUGGUAUAGCUAACGGCUAAUGACAACUGACAAUUGUUAACGGCUGACCCAGGGAUUCCACUGGAUCUGGAACGGCUCCGCUUCACUCCGGACCAGCAGGCGGAUCAAAUACGCAAGCAUAUAGCGCCCACUGGUUACCAUCCGCCGCUGCCACCGGAGGAGAAAUGCUUGCAAUAUUACUGAUAUUUCUCGAGACACUGGACAAGAUCUCACGUGUUUCCCUGUGAGACAUUGAAUGAGAUCCGCCAAUCAGAGUAUAUAAACGGCGGUAUAUAUAAACACCCACAUUCCACAACCCUGGCCUCUCCUAUUAUUAAGUGAAGAACAGUUCAAUGUAUUGAUUUUAUUUUAUUGAUUUUAUUUAUUGAUGAAGCCUUGAGUAUCUGAUCCACAGUGGAGCCAGACAGCGGACAGAUUCUGUGGAAUCAUACACAUUGAUUAUAAUGUUUGCGUAUUUUAUCUGCUUGCCGUGCUGGAUCGGAGUGCAGCCGUUCUGGAUCCCGUGGGUUUUAGCCGUAACAGUAGGCGUCCAUCUUGAUUUUCCGACUUGUUUACUGGAAUUCAGGUGUAACGUCAUUCCCAGCUCCGAGUUCCGAGAUAACUGGAACGCAACAUUAGCUUACACCUCUUCUCUUUCCGCUUCAUGUAACCAUCCUGCCUGGUUUAUUUAUUUCCUCCUCAGGGACUUCAAGAGUAAGAAUGUGAUGCUACGAGACGAUUUGACUGCAGUUAUAGGAGACUUUGGACUCGCUGUACGAUUUGAACCAGGAAAACCUCCAGGAGACACUCACGGACAGGUAUGGACUCAUCUCAAAACAGGCCUCUUUUUCUGCAGUGGCUCUCUGAUGCAAGUCCUGGAAACUGUCUCCUUUUUUUAACUGAGAUUUAUGGUGUUGCAUGAAUAAGCACCUCUAGUAAAUGUCGAGUUUGUGCUGAAUAUUAAUGGAGUCAGUCAUUGUGUCUUAUAUUUACUACACUUUGGAAAGAUGAACAAAAAAAAGUGAAUCAGGGAACGGUUUCAAGGCCACACCUAACAGCUACUAUAAGGAGUUUUUUGACGUUAAUGAAAUACACUGAAGUUCAUAUUGAUGUCUUUUCACAGUAAACGGUCCUGUUUUUACAAUUUCCACAAAAAAUACUCAUAAUUUAAUUUAACCUUUGACUGUCACAGGUCAUCAGGAUGAGUUAGUUACACACAGAGCUUUUCUUCUUUUAUACCCGGAUUCUCACGAAAACACAGAAAAAUAGAGUACACAUGAAAUCAAGGCUGGGUUAGACAGCUGUAGUCGAGUUUCUAAAGCAGACUACAUAAAUGAGAUUGAAGGCUGAUGCAGGUAGACAUGUCUGUGUCGACUUUUGAAACUCUCUGUUAUAUGGAAAGCGGUUGCAAAUGCUGAUUUAGUGAGGGUUUGGCUGUCUCCAGGAGCCCCUCCCCCCUAAAGCCACAAAUGGACUUUUUCAAAAGCUUAAAAUCAGUAAAAUGUGCAAAAAGAGACGUCUGUAAUACUUGUAAUAACUCUCACCUGUCUGACCAUGAUGUAGAAGGUUAUUAUCGAUGGUUAUGCAGAAGUUUAAUUAAAUCCGUUGUCCUUCCAGGUGGGUACGAGGCGCUACAUGGCUCCAGAGGUGCUGGAAGGAGCCAUCAACUUCCAGCGAGACUCCUUCCUGAGGAUAGACAUGUAUGCCAUGGGCUUAGUGCUGUGGGAGCUGGUGUCCCGCUGCUCAGAGACCGACGGUGAGUCAAACAGAGCAGGAAUGCUGCUUCACCCACAGGUGAAAGGUCACUGAGCCGCAGGCUGAUGUAAUAAACAAAGGAUUAGGUUCUGUUUUGAUCUGAGAAAAAGCCACCUGAUCCUGGUUUACGGUGUAAUGGGGGCCCGUUAGUCUGUAGAUAGAGAGAGGAGCCGCGGAUUUUCCAAACACUGCACUAUUUCCUCGCCCUGAUCUCUGUGUAAUGCUCUCCAUCCUGUUGCCUCACCGCACCCCUCUGCAGGUACAGUUUGCGAGUACAUGCUGCCGUUCGAGGAUGAAAUAGGCCAGCAUCCCUCCCUGGAGGAUCUGCAGGAUGUGGUCGUGCACAAGAAGAUGCGUCCAGUCAUGAAGGACUGCUGGCUCAAACAUCCUGUGAGUAACAGAGGAAGAACGGCUCCUGCUGCUGUUCCAACAGCAAUAUCAGGAUGUCAUGCAUCCUUUUUUCCAGUGAAUCACGGCUCGACCAUCUGAGGUCAUAGUUCCCUGAAUCUGUUAUGAAUUAAUUCAGAAACUUUCUCAGGAAGAUUGUGGAGAGUUUUACAGACACAACCUAUAAAUUUGGUCAACUUUCUCUUUAACCCUUUGAACUCACUGCUAUAUUUUUCUGGUUUUGGUCCACCUGUUUCUUUUUUGUUUUUUUUAAUAAGUCUAUAAGCAAAUAUAUACACAUUUUUUUCAGGACAACCUCAGCUGUCAGUUUAUGGGUGCAAAAAUUAUGACAAACGAAUGUGACAUGAGAUUCAGAGGCAUCAAAGUCAAACAAAAAACAAAAACGGAAAUUGAUACCAACAGUACUUUGCUCAAAAAACACAUAAAUCUACAGUGACCAAGCCUUUUCUCACCUGCACAUCAUUCUCUCAUGUCUUGGCUUUCAGGAGAAGAAAUAUUGUGAUUGGAACAAACACACAACAGAAACUAUUUACAUAUUUAGACUAAUUCUUCCAAGUGUUUUUUUACUAUUUACAGUUGUUUUUCUGCCACUCCUUGAAGCAGUUCCUGUCUGGGAUGAGACAGAGGACCACAUCAUACUGCUCAUAAUCUCUUCUUUGCUUGUUUCCAAUCAUUGAGGACCAUUAUUUCUUAUUUUGCAGACAAGCAGGGAACUUUCUUGUCUCUUGUUGGAAAAUGACGUCAUCAAAACAGCUCGUGAAACCCAGAAAACAUUAGUGGCAUUUAGCAAUAGCGAUCUUUUUUAUCACAACAAUAUGAGAAACUGUAAACAAUAUUAAUAGUGUCACGUGGCAUUGCUGAAGAUCCAGUGGAGUUCAAAGUGUUAAACUGCCCUCGAGACAGUUGUGUCCACUUCAAGUUCAGAGUUUCUUCUUCAUUCAAGUUAAAAAUAAAGUUGAAGUUGAAAAAAAACUCCCUGACUGACUCUGCUUUGACUCUCUCUGGUUUCAGGGUCUGAGCCAGAUGUGCGAGACCAUCGAAGAAUGCUGGGACCACGACGCAGAGGCGCGACUGUCGGCCGGCUGCGUCGAGGAGCGCAUCGGCCAGAUCGCCCGGACGAUCAGCAGCACUACCUCAGACGGCCCCGUCUCCAUAGUGACGUCUCUCACCAACGAGGACCUACCUCCCAAAGAGUCCAGCACCUGAACGGGUGACACCAACAUCCCUCAUAUGAGCUCCUGACUUUUUUUUUUUCUUUUUUUUUUUUUCAAAUCCAAACUCAGCGGAUCGCCGUGAAUUUUUAAAAAGCAUAAAAACAACGAUAACAACGAGCAACUUGAAUGCAGCUGAUAUUUAAUCCCAAUGCCGGUAUUGUUUUCUGCUUCUUCGUGUGCGUUUUCAGUCCGACUUUACUAACACAUCCAUCUGCUGUAGUUUUGAAAGUAGUAAUAAGUUAUUGGAUGGGCACAUCUGAUAACACCCGUGUGUCAAAUCCUAAAUGUUCUCAUUACCUCAUGUAUUUCUUUUUGUGCUAGUCUAUUUUAUUACCUCAUACGUUUGUUGUUUUUCCCGUCUCGGUCAUGAUCGUCUGCGGCCAAAUGAAAUGAACCUUCUCGCUCCAAACCUCGGACGACGUGCUGCACACCUCGGAGGACCCGUUUUGAGACUGUUAGACAAAAUAUAUUCAUCUUCCUCAGGGGUCGAAGCUUCUCGAUUUUUAAAAAAAAACAAAACUUCGAGUGUGCUCCCUUAUUUUAAACCUGUGAAUGCCUCAGAAUGAAACGAAGAAAGGAAAAAGGUAAAAGGAAACGGGAGCGCAGCUGUUUAAUCGCGUGGAAGGAGCUGAAAUGGGAGCUGAGCAGUUGUUAUCGGACGUUAUGGACUUUUUUGAAGAUAUGGGACAUGCCUCUUGUCCCCGGGGAACUACCUCUCAGGUAUCCAUUAGGCUUCUUUGGAACAUUUUCUCUAUGAGGAGAGCCAAGCUAUCCAGCUAGCUACCAUGGACAUAUUCCUGGAUUUUUAUUUGUUUUAAUUGUAGAAAAGCAGAGUUACUCCUUUGCCAGUGCCAGGGGCAUUGACAGAUGCUGUCUGGAGUUGCAAUGUUACACAUUCUUGAUUUUAACUGUGCGAAUGAGAGAGAAAGAGAGUGAGUGAAUGUUUGUGUGUGUGUGUGGGUAAAUGUGUUUGUGCGUGUGUGUGAAUUUGGAGACUAAAUGAUGUGAGCUUGAUAAAAAGAGUGUUUUUAAUAAGAAUCACAGACAGAUAAUUGGGGGGGGGGAGGUGUUUAUCCUUGGAGGGCCAUACUUGAGUAAGCAACAUGUCUGUUUUUUUAAUUUUCAUGGGUUUGUUUGUUCAAUAGACUCAGUCGGACAUCAGUCCCCAGAUACCUCAGUCACCGUACAUCAUGCAAGGAGAGCUCAAAUGGUUGCCUUUGUCUCAAAUGCAAUGCCAUAGUUGUACCAUAACAUGAAAACCAUACAUUGAAUGUCCGUUAUGCUGCUGUGACUAUUCCAGGAUACUCAAGGAUUUGUAGAUGUACGUGUUCUUUGUUAAUAUAACGCUAAUGAUAUUAUGUGAGGCUAAUAUUCUGUUUGUUUUUAUUUUUGACCGGGUGAGCCCUCAGCUGCUUACUCCUCCAGACUGACCUCAGAUAUUCUGACAAGUACCUCAGGCUUUUUUCUACAUGUAUAUCAAGUUGUGUUUAUGUAUUUUAUUGUGUUUUUAGUAGUUGAGAUAUUUUAUUGCCGGUUUGGCCUCUUUUUGUCUGUGGAGAUUUUUUUUUUUUUUUUUUUUUAAUAGAGCCUGACCUGUUGUCACGGUGUUAAUGCUGUACAAACCUUAAAAAGAAGAAGAAGAGGAAGAUGAGAGGCAGAUUCUUGUAAAUAGACGUGUACACACAGUUGCCGAUCACUGAUCUGAUUUUUAAAGAUUCGAUAUCAGGGCAUUACUCUUCUCAUUUCACAGUUGCAGAAAGGGAUCUCUCAGUUCCACCUCCUACAUAUUUAAAAGUCAUUUUAACAACAAGCCCUGUGAUGGUUCUUUUUAUAUUUGUAUAUAUAUAUACAUAAACAUAUAUAUACAUUUUUUUUCUUCAGAUUUUUCAAGAAUGGUGGUCGUGUUACUGAUUUCUAUGAAUACUGGUAUCAGUUGCUCUGGAUCAGAAGCUGUGUAGGUAGCACUUGCAUUAGAGAUCUUAGUGUGUAUAUCAUCAAAAACAAACAAAAAAAAAACUCUGUUUUUUUGGUGCUGGCGGCUUCUGUGAUUGGCCACUUGCUGGAAAAUGCCAGUUUGAACAGUAUUACCUCAUUAUUAACCCGCUGAUGUGAUGUUCAGACUCGUUCAGUGAUAGUUUUUAGCCACGUUGGACAACACACAGGCUCAUCUGUUGUGCUUUGACUAGUGCUGUGGAAAGAUGGUGAUUCUUUAAAAGUAACCUGUGACGCUUGCUGUGCAGUUUUUGGUGAAGAGCGUGUGGGGAGGACGAAAAAAAAAACAUGAAUACAGAGAAAAGUCUUUCUUCUUCGGGUAUCAUCACUCUGUCUCUUAACACCAUGAUUGAUUGUUCAAGCAGCCCCAUUCAUGUAAACAGUGGCAUGUGCGUGGUCCAAGGGUCCAGCAAUAUUUCUACUACAGCAAUAUUCACUUGAAUAUCAUAGUUAAAAGUCAUGAACUCAGCUGUGACUUAGCAGUUCUCUCUCUGCGGAUCAUCUCAUCACACCUGGAUCAUGUUUAGAUGUCCACACAACAUUAAAGCCUCUUGAUAUAAAACAACACAUAAAAGCUGUAGGUUGUGCGCGAGCUGAACGUGACCCAGGUGCUUUCACGAUUUGUGCCAGAAAGACGCCGAUCUCAGGGGGAUGUAAACUCCACCGAGAUUGGUUGUUGACCUCCAAAUGCUGUCUUACACCCAGCUCUUCUGAACGGAAAAACCAGUUACCUCAUGCAGUACCUCUCGUUAGUAACACUAACACAGAGUCAGUCUCAUCUUCAAAAAGAAAAAAAAGGAAAAAAACAUCAAUUAUCGUGUAUAUAUUUACUUGACAAAUGUAAAAGGUUUCUUCCUUUUCAUGUGUGAAUCCUGUGAAAGCAAAAUCCUUUUUUUUUUCUUGAUUUACAGUCAACAUAUUGUUCAUUUCUCGUAGUGUGAAUGUUUGACUGAAUCGUGUGACCUUCCCUGUUCAUGUGAAGUGUGCGUGAGAAAGCGUGUGUGGAGUGUAUGCCGGUUGGAUUUCACUAAAACAGAAUGAAUGGCGACUUUGUGAGUUGAAAUGCUUAGAAAUAUAAACUAGAUGAGAAUACAUCCAUCUUUUUGUAUAUUAAAAUAAAGACAAACACUGAUUAACCAUGAAAA